UUAUGUUGCUGCCUGAAGGGGCAGUCAGUACGAGCACGUCGAGGCAGUUGCACUUCAUCUAAACUCUUGUUACUUCGAUACCGAUUUCUCAGGCUAUUGAAGCUUUUUGAUCACUCGAAUGAUCAAAAAGGAUGCAUAACUUCUGAACAAAGAACCUGUCAUGCCGAAAAUGCUCUCUCAGAACCUCUUCUCGGGACAUAUCGGGCAAGAGCAUGGAACGCGGGGGCUCCCCGGAAAAAAAGGCAAUGAAGCAUCUUGAAAUCUGCAAUAUCCCAGUCCCACAAACAUCACAUUAUAUGUGGUAAGUCAAUAUUUUAGGGAGAGAUGUAAGAAGUCACGAGAAAUAUUCAAAAAGUAACCGAGUGGUAGCUUUUGCCACGGUCCGAUUUCUCGAAUAUUCAACAUUCUUGCCCUCACUUCUCAAACUUUGACCAGAGGAGUCUUGAGCCCAACAGCAUAUUCAGAGCUCAGCGUCAUACGCAUGUGUAUAUUCCUCUGUAGUACAGCAUAAGUCGUAGCCCUUUUAUUUUCGCAUGUGAAAACAAAGAUGCUGGACAACUUCUCUGUAAGAUAUCGCGGAGAUAUGCAGAUGCCGCAUACUCAUUACCCAGGGUGGUAUGAGUAACAUGUUUUUUUAAAUUUGAAAGGGGAUAGAAAAUACUUACAACCCCAGAUAAAUGACUGACUGCGUAUGGGGUGCCUUGUCGUAAGGGUGCUGUUCAAAUGAGAUCAAAAUCGUAGAGGAUACUAGUCGACAGGCUUGAUUGAGAACGUCGCGAAUGUGUGUCUCAGGUUUGAAGAAAACCCAAAAGAGUUACCGCCGAGUCCUCAAUCCACA